AUGCGGUUUAUUUUUUCAGUCUUCGUUCUUAGCUGGAUCACUUUUUGCGUUAUUUCUGCCGAUUCGAUUACCCGAGAUGUUCUUGUUGAUACACACCAAAUCGCUAACAACUUGAAUGCUUUCCGGAGAAAUGUCUUGGGAGCACCGGUGAAGAAGAGAGAUAGGAGUUACAGCAACUAUACCUCCAUCGAAAAGAGUUUCCAUAAUGCAGUUUUAUUUGCCCUCAACGAGAGUCAAACCAACGUGGGGAUUACCUGUCGGACAUGUUAUAUCCUGGGCAAUGCCUCGGUUCACUUCUCGACUGAUGGUGAUUUCAACGCUAGCGCUGCAGUCGAUAGUAUCGCACAGGAUGUUCAGAAUACAAUCAUCAAUAUAACAGACGCGGUCGAACAAGCCAUCAAGGACACCGCCGAGAACAUCACACAGAUCGCUCAGCACCUUAUCCACGGCGAUUUUGAAGAUGUGACAUGGCCCACUCUACCUGUCGACUUUAACAUGGACAUCCAGGGCAUCCCUCAAUCCCAUCUGACGUUCCAGUUUGACGAUCUAGAAUUAUAUGUGGAGCUUGAGACUGCAAUUGCCAAUGGUUCUUAUACUCUGAAUCUUUAUCGUCAGCAGACACCACUUGGAAUUGGACUCGCUAGUCAAAACCUUGGAGUCUUCUUCAGCGUUGAUCUCGUUCUUAGUACGACAGCCGAAGUUGACAUGAUUAGUGGAUUUCAUAUCAAAUUUGAUGAUAGUGUUAUCAUCAAAAUGGAUUUCUUCGACACCAAUUUCUCAGACAUCACCUAUGGAGGGGGUCACUAUGAAUUCCUACCCGUAACUGUCAUGGGUAGUAUAGGAAUACUCAAUGCUGUUCUCCGUGUGGGAAUCAACACUGGAUUUAACGUCGGUAUCGGCAGCGAUUUCAGUGUAAGCAUACUUGAUGAGCCUGUUACUAUCCCCAGUGCAAGCAUUGGAACGGCUAUCAGCGUCUUCGCCGAUAUCGCCGAGUUCACCACCAACUUAACUACAGACAGCGAAAGUUGCGAUAUCCUGGCAAGUGAGAAGUUCAAAUUCGGUAUCGGUGCUGGAGCUGGCGCAACCUUGGCUAUCAAUGACAAUACAUGGGGACCGACUCCUUCUGUAACGACGGCGCUUUUUAAAACUGACCUGGGUGGCAUCUGUGCUACCCAGUCCUCCUCUACACCGGCAACUACAACAGUCGAGGUCGAGAGAAGGCAGCAAAGUGAUCUGAAAUCAACAACCACCAAAACCUACAAGACCACCAGUACAUUACACACUUUACUGCCUUCCGGAUCGACGUUCCCGAGUACAACGUCAGACACAGUCUCAAGAAUUGCGUUUGGGGAUAAUGUCAAAUCCAUGGAGAAGACCUCUGGCAACGCCACGCCGUACAUUGCGGAGUCAACGGGCUUCCAGGAGUACAAGAAGAUUAUCAUCGGUGUGACUAUCCCGGUUGGAAUCAUUCUCAUUGCAGGAUUCUUGUGA